CGUCAAUGUCAAAAGUCAACACGUCACGAACGAUGUUUAGCGAGAGUCUUCAAUUUUUGUAAUAUUUUAUUCGUUUAAAAUACGUUUCAAAAUAGUAGACUAGACAAUUGUGUUGUUUCGUUUCAAAUCAUCACAAUUGCGUCAUCAGACGCCUUCUAAUUAAAACCAAAGUAAGAAACAUUCAUCAAGACGGCGGGACGAAAUAGCAUGCGACGUGCCAGAGAUGGGUAUCAGUAUCAGCCAGUGCCAAGAGUGGCAACAGAUGAUGCACUGGAAUUUGAUAACAAUCGGAUGGCAGAAGAACUAAGUGACAAAAUUUCUUCACUCAAAGGCAUAUCUAUUGAGUUGGGCAAUGAAGUACGUUAUCAGGAGAAAUUAUUACGUGGUCUCGAUGAUGAUGCUGACAGGAGUGUUGGGUUUCUUGGAAAAACUAUGGGCCGUGUUCUAAGACUGGGCAAGGGAAAUCAUAACUACUAUAUAUUCUAUCUGUUUCUAUUUGCAAUCUUUGUUUUCUUCUUACUCUAUAUUGUGUUAAAAUUUAGGUGAUGUGAUAAAUAUAUUUAUUUUCUAUCCAUAACAAUUCAUUCCUGUGUAUUAUGUAAACCAUUAUUCCCAUGUAAAUAAAGAUCUUGAAGUUUA